UACAAUGAUACAGAGAAAGUUCAAAUAAAAUUGCAGCUUUGAGGACAGUUUCCUCUUGUACCUCCUCUUCUGUUCCAAGCUGGAUGGUGCAAAAAAAGAAAACUAAGAAAGCGGCUAGAGUGGAAUGAACAACGGGACUGUACAGCUGGACUGUUGACAAAGACAUGGACAAAUGUCAAGGGGGGCAAGUGACAAGUAAACAAAUACCUGUCAGAAGGAGACGUGAAUGACACUGUGCUCGUGCUAACAGAUCACUCAACAGAAAAGUAAAGGUGUUGAGGGAUGACAACUAGGAGAUGAACAUCUUGACACUGUAACUAAUUGUAGGGGCCUGCCACUCUCAGUGUCGAGUGACGAGUCAAUCAUCGCCUCGAGCAACUUCACCGCCACAACAGGUGGCGACUCGUCAAGCGUGACGCAACGAGUGUACCGUGGUUCCCCAUCCCCUGUUGCCACGCACCCUGCUGCUACACCAGUAACCCCACCCCUUUCCCUCCCUUGCCUCCCUUCGUCGCGCGCCGCUCGCUGGUCAGCCCCGACCUCCACCACCCGUACCCCACCCUCGUGUGCCAUUGGUCCUUUGUUUUCUCGUAAUCAUCGCUGUCAUUAGAGCGCUGCUUGUUAUUGGUCAUCUGACUUCAUCAGCAGCGCCAUCUACCUGUGUAGUAGCUGAGCAUCAGUUUUCGUCGACAUUCACAAAUCUCGGGUAUCAAGCAGGUAGCUUGUUCUUGUGUGCAUCAGUCAGCAGGUCUUGUCUUCCAUCGACAGGCUCAGAGUUUUAUUAUUGCUUUGUUGAUAUUGCGGAUUAUUUCUAUAAUAGUGAUUGUUUUUUUCGUGUGGUUUCACUGCGCAUGUGUAGUCAGUUUCCACUUCUGUUACAUUACCGGAAAUUUCGAUUCGAACCAAAAAGCAUCUUCAGCAAAGAUCACCAAAGAUGAGCUGUGCCACUCCAGAGCGAUCUAUCCAUUACUACGACGAGGUGCCCCCGAUGCCCGUGACGUCACGAAAGAGACAGCGGUCGCCAUCGCAACCUGUCUUCAGGAAAACGCGCCGUUGCCUGGCAUAUUUUUAUCCAAGCCCCGAAAAAACAAGCAGGAUGGAAAUGGUUGGGGACUUCUUACCUUCCUCGAAAAGAAGAAUGACAGAGCCUCACAAGGGCAACCCGAUGAUCAAACCAUUAGAGCUUCAUAAGGCCAAACCUAUUUUCAAGCCAUCAGCAAAGAAGAUGCACAAACAUAAGCAGCCCUUGAUACAGCGCAAGGAAGUGAUAAAUCGAAACGUGUCAUUGUCUUUUGAAGAAAUGUCCUUAGGUGACAAACAGCAGAAGGCAGUGGUCGAUGAUGAUGAUGACGUGUUUCAUUUCUCCGCCACCAUGAUGUCCAUAACCUGGGUACCCAAAGAGGACAGCGACAACAACAAAGUUCACUUUGAUCUCACGUGAACGCACAAACACCUGGAUGUUCAGUUUUCAACCACGACCACUACCUCGUCUUUGAACCAUGCGUUGAUCUGGCUUUGCUUCUGAACUCUGCGAAAGAGUGUUGCGUCUGUGAACACUAACGUUCGUCAAAACUUCAUGUGAACAGUCCAGCACGCGCCGCUGACCUGAAAAGUGUGCAUCUUGUCUAUGAUGACUCAUGUGCAC